CGGGCGGUGACGGAGCCAUGCGAAAUAACGACUGGAGUGGUCCUAUCCCGUCGGUACAUAAUUCUCGUGUCGGUACAUCGUGGUGGACGUCGAACCCGGGACGUCAUGGAAACGGCGCUUCCGAAGGGGAUAAGUGUAGGGUUUCCCUGUGGGUCGACAGGGGAGGAAAAAUAAAUCCGUCCAUUCGAGCGCCGCACGAGGCUAGAAGCUUACAGCUAUGGCGAUGGCGAACGUUGCAGGCGACGGAUUCGAGUUCCUAUCAGAUCCAAUCGACAGAUUCCCAUUGCCGGAUCUCGCCGCCGCCGAAUUCUUUCUGCGCGGCGAAGCAAAUCAAUCUCUUGGGUGCGCCGUCGCUCAAUCUAGCAAUGGUGCUGUUUGGGAUGGCGCAGUGAUAGCACAAGAAGAAUUUGAGAGCGGCUCCAAAAGGAUCGCAACAUCGAAUUCAGAGCGUUGGACAGCAAGGGCGAUGGACAAGCGGCUGACUCAGCCAACAGGUUUCGCUUGCCGGACCUCACCACCAGUAAAUCAUUGCUGGAUGGCAAAGCAAUGCAAACUUUGGUAUGCGCAGACGCUGAAUCCAGCAUUGGUGAUGUGGGUGAUGGUGAGGCAACAAUACAAGGAGAUGUCAAUAGCACCUGCAGUGGGAUGGCCCUGUCCAUGCCAACCUCAGAACAAUCGACAGGCAAAGACAAUCCUCAAGCACCUAGCUGGAUCAAGAGAGUACGUGUGGGACAUGCACCUGUUGAACGUCCACCAUGUGCUGGCAGGAUCAGUGCUCUCGAAAAAACAUUGCAAAGAUAUGCAGAGAAGAAGACUGACACAGUCGUGGUUCCAGCAACAGGUAUCAACUUUGAUUCACUUGGAGAAGCGUAUGAUUGCUACAAUCUCUAUUCCUAGGAGAUUGGAUUUGGAAUAAGGUAUGGCAAGAGCAGGCUUAAUGUCGAAAGAACAAAAUGCAUGCAGGAGAUAGUCUAUGGCUGCACUGGAAUCCUGAAAAGCAGGACAUGCCGAUGCAGAUGCCCUGCAAUGAUACGUUUGCUUCAAUCAGAUGACAGUGGGUGGUACAUAAGUGAGUACAGACCAGAACACAAUCAUGCACCAACAGAAAAAUGUGGCAAAACGAUGUACUGGCCCUCACACAGACAUAUCAAUGUAUACACAAGGGAUGUUGUUAAACAACUCCGUGAGAAAAAUAUUAGCAUUGGCAAGGUCUACAAUAUAAUUGGUAGUUUCUUCGGUUCAAUGACAAAUGUGCCUAUCAGCAAAAGGGCACUGAGAGGACUCUGUAGUAAGAUCAGUCGAGAGCAAGCAGACGAAGAUUUAAAGAAAACCAUGGAUGUUUUUGCCGAAUUGGGAGCAAAAGACUCUGGUCUCUUCUACCGAGUGCAGCCUGAUGAGGAGAGCCGUAUACGGAAUUUGAUAUGGUUAACUAAAGCAAGGAGGGCACAGUACGAUUAUUUUGGAGAUGCAAUAACAUUUGACCCAACAUACCGCACAAACCUAUAUGAUAUGCCAUUUGGGCUGUUUGUAGGCGUCAAUAAUCACUUCCAGAGUGUGAUCUUUGGCGGCGUGCUAGUCAGAGAUGAAACAGUUGACACUUUCAAGUGGGUAUUCAGUGAAUUCAUUCGCAUGAUGGAGGGAAAACAUCUGCAAACAAUACUCACAGGUGAAUGACCUAUUACUGGAGUUUCUUUUCAUUGCAUAACACAAGAAAAACAACAAACAAAAUCGGUGAUAACCAAGGAUGACAUAUUUUUGCUGUUGUAGUAGUCUUGGAAUCCUCUUUUUUUGUCAUAUAACUCUGCCAAAUGCUACUGACAUAAAGAUGUGUCCUUGUGAAUGUGUGCAGAUCAAUGCAGAGCGAUGGAGUUAGCAAUUGAGAAAGUGCUGCCAGACACCACUCACCGCUGGUGCAAAUGGCACGUCCUGAAAAAGGCAAAAGAAUAUCUUGGUCCACAUUACACAAAGCACAUCAAAUUCAGGGCAGAAUUCCACAAAAUAAUCCAUCACAUGCUUACGGUUGAUGAGUUCGAGACUGCAUGGAAGCAAGUGACAGAGGCGCACGGUUUGCAAAAACAUGCUUACCUCAUUGGCAUCUAUGAAACUAGAAUGAAAUGGGCAAAACCAUAUUUCAAUGGAAAGUUCUGUGCAAAGAUGACAGGCACACAACGCAGCGAGAGUGCCAAUCAUAUGCUCAAAUGCUAUGUUCCAGCAAGCUGCCCCAUGCAUCUAUUUGUUCGACAAUACAUGAGACUUCUUUUCGAUAGAGGGGCAAAUGAGAACUAUGAGGAGAGACGCACAAAGAUAGUAAGUUGCUGACUCUAUCCUCACUAAUGCAUUGUCUAUAUCUGCAGGUAGCCCCAGUAUUGAAAGUGAAUACACCACUGGAGAUGCACGCUAGCGACAUCUACACCCGAACCAUGGCUGAAAAAUUUGGCGAAGUUAUAUAUGAAGCGGGGCAGUACAAAGUUGAGGAAAUCACUAAAGGGAAAACCUAUUUCGCGAAACGAUACCAUCCAGAGAAACAUGCCAAAUGGUGCAGGGUUUUGUACAAAGUGGAAGUUGUUGACGAAGGAACUGAGCUGAUAUGCGAAUGUGGCAAUUUUGAACACACAUGCUUGCUCUGUUGUCACGCUGUUAAGGUCCUUCGAUUUCCUUGGCAUAGACCAUAUACCAGCAAAGCAUAUGCUGAAGCAGUGGACGAAGGACGCAAGGGAUUUGCUGCCAGCCCACCUGUCGCAUCUUCAGAAGGAUAGCAUUUCUGUGAAUUCAAUAACAUACAGGCACUGAAAUCUGUACACACAUGCACUUGAGGUAGUCAGGCCGGGAGAUGCAAAUCCAGAAGCAUGAGUGUGCAAUGGACAUCCUGAAGGGAGCAGUGGAUAAGCUGACACCACUAGCUGCUGUGCAGGAUGGAAUGGGACCGGAAGACAAAAAUGAUCAACAUAAGAGAAAAGACAAAGAACCCAUUGCAGCAAUUGCACCCUUGAGCGGACGCUGAAGGGAGUGCAGUGGGGAACUUCGAAGGACUAAGUCCUCCAAAACGAAAACGAAAAGCCGGUCGACCAACCACAAGCAGGGACAAGCCUCCAUAUGAUGUUCGGGGUGCAAAAAGCAAGAAAUACAAGCGGCCAGCAAAUGCACAAGAUGCAGAGAGAUGUGCUACCAGCAAGCGCACUCGCUUCUGUAGUAUAUGCCGGGAGCCAGGGCACAAGAACAGCACAUGCCCACUGCGAGGAGAUCUUCGUCGAAAGGAAAGGAAAGAGGCAAAAUGCUCAAACUGUGGUGUCGGUGGACACAGGAGAAACACAUGCAACAAGCCGAAAGUUGUUGUGCACGUGAUCGAGAAAAUAGCUUUGGAAACGAAUUUACCUUAGUUUGUGUUUCUGCAAACUCUGUUCUUGAGGGCUCUGCAGCCAAUACUUAGGAAUCUGUGUAAUAAAAACCAUCUACCGUGCUAUGUGUUGUACUUGGCACUAUUGUCGUUUUAAGGACUGAAUCAUUUUCACCUCUC